CGCCGACCGAGACUGGCUAAGGAGUCGGCGGCCAUUUUGUUCUUCUCGUGGUUCCAGUGGGGAGAGAAGGAGGAAGCAGUGAGCGGGGCGGUUGGGGGGGACCCGCCGCGGCUGCUACCACCGCCGCCACCACCGCGUCUGUGCUCCUGGCGUGGGAAAGGAGGUGUGAGUCCCGGGCGCAAGCCGGCGGCGGCGCCGCUGCGGGAGGGUCGGCGGUGGGAAGGCGAUGGCGGAUAUAGAUAAACUCAACAUCGACAGCAUCAUCCAACGGCUGCUGGAAGUGAGAGGGUCCAAGCCUGGUAAGAAUGUCCAGCUACAGGAGAAUGAAAUCCGAGGACUGUGCUUAAAGUCCCGAGAGAUUUUUCUCAGUCAGCCUAUCCUACUAGAACUUGAAGCACCACUCAAAAUAUGUGGUGAUAUCCAUGGGCAAUACUAUGAUUUGCUUCGACUUUUCGAGUAUGGUGGUUUCCCGCCAGAAAGCAACUACCUGUUUCUUGGGGACUAUGUGGACAGGGGGAAGCAGUCAUUGGAGACCAUCUGCCUCUUACUGGCUUACAAAAUCAAAUAUCCCGAGAAUUUUUUUCUUCUCAGAGGAAACCAUGAAUGUGCCAGCAUCAAUAGAAUUUAUGGAUUUUAUGAUGAAUGCAAAAGAAGAUAUAACAUUAAACUAUGGAAAACUUUCACAGACUGCUUUAACUGUUUACCGAUAGCAGCCAUCGUGGAUGAGAAGAUAUUCUGCUGUCAUGGAGGUUUAUCACCAGAUCUUCAAUCUAUGGAGCAGAUUCGGCGAAUUAUGCGACCAACAGAUGUACCAGAUCAAGGUCUUCUUUGUGAUCUUUUGUGGUCUGACCCCGAUAAAGAUGUCUUAGGCUGGGGUGAAAAUGACAGAGGAGUGUCCUUCACAUUUGGUGCAGAAGUGGUUGCAAAAUUUCUCCAUAAGCAUGAUUUGGAUCUUAUAUGUAGAGCCCACCAGGUGGUUGAAGAUGGAUAUGAAUUUUUUGCAAAGAGGCAGUUGGUCACUCUUUUUUCUGCACCCAAUUAUUGUGGAGAGUUUGACAAUGCAGGUGCCAUGAUGAGUGUGGACGAAACUCUAAUGUGUUCUUUUCAGAUUUUAAAGCCUGCAGAGAAAAAGAAGCCGAAUGCCACGAGACCUGUAACACCUCCAAGGGUUACAUCAGGCCUGAACUCGUCCAUUCAGAAAGCUUCAAAUUAUAGAAACAAUACUGUUCUAUACGAGUGACCGAUUAUGCUUUCUUUGGCCUACAUUCUUUAUUCUGCGGUGAAGUUGAGGCUUAUAAGUCAAAACAAAGGAACUAACUUAAUAUCCACCAGUUUAUACAGAACUCACAGUAUCUAUGACUUUUUUUAAACUAAGAUCUGUUAAAAAGAAAUCUGUUUCAACAGAUGACCGUGUACAAUACCAUGUGGUGAAAAUGAAUUCAGACUUAUUAAACGACGAACUUGUUAAAUCCUCUCAGUGUCUAUUUAUCAGCACAAUACACACAGGAGAACUGUUGAUGGCAUAUUGAAUAGAUUUUAAUGAAUAAAUUGCUCUGGAAACCACAUA